AUGCCAGCUAUCUUCUUCGCUCAGCCAAUUUUUAAAAUCUUCCAAUUUUUGGUCAUUUUUGCGAUAUCUGGAUCCUCUGAAAUUUUAAUAGUAUACUCAAACUUUACAAAAAGUGCUCUACCCGGCUUUAUGGCUGAUAUAAGAUCAUCUUAUAAAGAUAUGAUCGAUAUUUUUUAUUGUGAUAUUUUUUUUUUAGAUUAUGAGCUUUCUCAGCACUCGAGUUUAAGUGCACUUUUUGACAUUACGAAUAGUAUAAGUUAUCAAUUCGAGAUCUGUAAGAUUUCGGAAGCCAAUUCUCUUGCCCAUUUUUUGGUUUCUGACAGGCUGCCCUGCCAAAAUAAAUGAACAUUUUUACUGUCAAGUUCUCAAAAAGAUUUAAAUGAAGCAUUCAUUACAGUUUUGUCUUACUUUAAUUGAACUGAUGGGGUAGCAAUUAGUGAUGUAGAAAAGCAUUCAAGCUUAUCUAUGGAUUCGAAAUAUUUUUCAAGGAUAAAUAUAUUUACUGCUGAAUCACAUACGCAAGUUGAAGAUUUAGUUGAAAGAAAAAUAAUGGGUUUGGGUUCAUCUUUAUUUUACUUAUUUCUCGAUAAGGAGAUCUCAAUUGAAUUCCAGAAAAGUUUAAUUACUUCAAAGCUAUUGGUAGCUGGAGCAGGGAUCUUGCUGAUCCAAGAUAGCAGCUAUGAUUCAAAUCUCGAAGGCUCUCUCGCAAUUGUGGAUAAGGGAAAAGAGCAUAUAAACUCAAAAUCAAAUUAUUUAUUGGCGACAUUUUCAGAAAUGAUAAAAAUUUUGGGCAAUAUCUCAAGCUCAGAGGACGCACUAAAAUUAAUUUCAAAAGCAUGCCUAAAUUCCUAUUGUGUAACUGAGUUUUCACUUAUAAAUAUUCAUAAAGGACAAAGAAAAAUCGUCGGCUCAAUAAAAAGCAGCAAAUUAAUACUAAAUGCAUCAAUUAUAUUUCCAGGCAAUUCUACUGAAAUUCCUAAAUCAUCAAAAAAAAUAUUGUAUUUUAGUGCAAGUAAUGGCCCGACCGAUCCUGGAGGAAAUCCGCAACCAUCUUGCCCCAUUAAUGCUAGAGGUAUCACAUUAGCUGUAAAAAAUGUGAAUACUAUUGGAGAUAUAUUGCAAAAUUUUUAUUUAAAACUCAAUGAUUUCGAUUGUGGAGUUGGCAUCUAUAACCCUGCUUUUUGUCUAGCUUGCUUUGGAAAAGAUAUAAGCAAAUUGGGUUUAGCCCAUGUUGGUGGACUCACUUCAGGGAUGGCUUUAGGAGAAAUCGAAACAUUUAAGAAACUGAAUGUUACUAUUCCUAUGGUUAGUGCGACAAAUACUGAUACUGUAUUAAGCAAUUCGACUUUUUUUCCAUUUUAUUCAAGAGUUAGCUUGUCUAACUAUGGAUAUUAUGCCCAAAUCCCAUUGCUAUUAAAAGCUAUGGGCUGAAAUAGCAUGGCAAUAAUAUAUCAAAACAUCAGUAAUGGGAUAUCAGUGAAUCAUUAUGUCUCACAAACAGCUGCAAAACAGAACAUAAAAAUCCUUAAUAGCCAAAGGGUAAUUCCAGCCUCCACGAAUCGAGAACAGCUUCGAAAUUGAACGAAACCGUUUCAAGAGGUCAUAGACCUGCAUGUCAGAUUCGUAUUUUUGGUCUUAAAUGCUCCUCUAUGCAACUAUGCUCUUGAACUAUUUUAUGAUUUAGGAAUAAGGAAAGGAGAUAUUUUUAUAUUUUCCUUCUAUUCAGAUCAAAUAAAUUCAAUUGCAAAUGAUGAUGACUACAGAUAUAAAAGGCUUGAAAUUGGGAUUCCAUUGAUGAUUGCACUCCCUACAAAUUUUGUAGGUAAUAAGGGAAAGCAAAUUUAUGAUGAGCUUUAUACAGAAUAUAAUAAGACUGAGCCGGGGCCAUAUUCUUGUCCUUAUUAUGAUGCAGCUUAUUUGAUUGGAAAUGCUCUGGAAUGAACGAUUAGCAAAGGAGCUGAUUAUAGCGAUCCUGUAAUCCUCCAAAAAUCGAUAAGAGAUAUCAAGUUCAUCGGAUGCACCGGGACUGUAUAUAUACAAAAAGGAAGUAAUGAUAGAUUGCCAAGCAGUAUCACUGUACAAGCAAAUUCGUAUAGUCCUGAGACAGGGAUAACUGUUUACACUGUAGGUUAUCUCAGGCCAUAUAGUUCAACAGUAUUAACGAUUAUUCAUCCUAUCAUUUAUUCAGAUGGAACUAUUAAUAAGCCUACAGAUUUUAGAGUGACAAGAACAGAUUGUCCAUUUGAUAACAAAUUAAAGAGAGUGUUUCCAAAAGGCCGAGCUCUAGUUUUUGGAAUUUGCUUCUUUGUUGCUUUGGUAACUGCAAUUGCGACCUUUAUAAUUUGACGAAAAUGAUGGAAUAUAAAGGUUGAUGAGCUGAUGAAACGCCAAGAAAUUUCAAUCCAAGAUUUUAUUGUUGGUCUUAGCAUUGGAAUUGAAUUUUUCCAGCUUAUUGCAAUGGGUCCUGAUAUUCGACCUAUAAACUCUUUUAUUGCUGAUAUUGGAGAUCUUACGUCAUUGGAUCUUGGAACCUUUGUAAAACUUCAAAAUGGGGUUUUUUGGUGGCUUUUAACUGUAGUCAUUUCUUUAUGUGCACUUUGAAUUUUGCUUUGUUUUGAAGUUUUAUAUCAACUUGACGAAAAAUAUGGGAAUAUCUGAUUUUUUAAAUUUUCAGGCUUUUUAGCUGACAAUUUAAUGCCGAUAUUAGGAAAUUUAUGUUUCAUUCCAUUUGUUUCCACUCUCCUAGAUGUUUUUGUAUGUGAUGAAUCAAUUGGGAAUAACUUUACUGAAAGCUACCUUGCAAAUGAUUGCUAUCAGUUUUGUUGGCAAAGUACUCAUAUAGUAUAUGUAGUUUUAUCAUCAUUUGCAUUAAUUUGCUAUGAGCCUUUUGCAGUGUUUUGCAGGCCUCUUUGGCAAGAACUGCAAUCCAAUCUGCAUGUCAAAUCAAUUCCAUUGUAUCUCAUGACGAAAACAAUUAUUCAAGUAAUUUUGGUAGUCAUGAAUAAAACCUUGAAAAGGGGCAGCAAAUUGGCUCAUGGGUUUGCGUUUACUGCUGUAAUAAUUUUUAAAGUAUGCUUUAUAUGGAAAUUCAAGGCUUAUAACUAUGGGAGAUUCAACUGGUGGCAACUAUUAAGCUUGAUUGGAGUUGCCUGAAUUGCAUUUCUAGCAACUUUUGGAUCACUCUAUACAAAUUCAAAUUUCCCAUACACAGCAUUAAUUGUAUGUGGUUGGAUUUUAAUCACUUCUGUGGGACUUUUUGUUCAGAGAAAGAAAUUCCCAAGCUUGCUAUUCAGAAAGAAAGGGAAGGAUACUUCAACGUUAUUCAGAUUCGCAUUCACUUUUGGAAAGAAUUCAAGAGUACUUAAAUCGAAAAUUACACCUCAAACCCUAGACUGGAUCAAAAAUUAUUAG